GCUAACCCGGGGGGGCUGGGGCUUGCCCCCCCCCAUCCCUGCUAGCCCCCGAAUCCCCCCUGGUAGCCCUGAGCCUCUCCCCGGUAGCCCCAAGCCAGGGCAGGGCUCGUAGUGGUGCGGUUGUAAAGGGAAGCUGCUUUCCAACUCCCAUUUUUCUCUUCAUCUGGGUAACACGUAACCAAAAUAAACAUCUUGAGGAAAAAGCAAAUAAACCUAAAAAGGGCUGGUUUUUGUGUGGUGCUUGUGUUUUGGAGGGGAGGGGGGGGAAUCAAGGGCCUCCUCCUCGAGGGCUCUGCUUCGGGGCAGGCCCCUGCAGGAAAGGGUGGCUGGGAAGAGGGCAGCAGGCAGGGCCCUGAAGCCCCGAGGGCUUUGGGGUGCAGCCCCCAGGGGUUUGGGGUGAAUAGCACAAAUCCCACAGCUGGUGCUGGAUGUCCCUGUGUCCCCUGUGCCCUGCUCAGGCCCCAGGCUGCCCUCCCUGCUCAGCUGUUGAGCAAUGUCCCGGCUUUGCUCGCCUCUUCCCGGCAGCGGUUUCCCAUGCUCCGGCCUAAAUGGGGGGAACGGGGCCGGGGCUGGGGGCUGGCUUCCCUGCGGGGAGGCAGGAGAGGGUCUGAGCCGGGGCUGGGAGAGCCUCCUGCUGCUGCCGGGCGAGGCCGUUCCGGGCAAUAGGCUUAGCGAGUGGCGAAGCGUGGGGGAAUUAGGGCAAUAAUCUGUGGCUGUUGAUCCCAGAGGCGGGAAUUUGCAGCGUGGUGCCAGGCCCCAGGCGCGGAAGAGGGGGAGAGCCGGGCCAGCGGACGCGUGAGCAGAGCACGCCGGCUGGAAUGCACCAGCUCAGCACGGGAUUGUCCUUCCCGGGCCAGGCGGGCGCCGCGCCGUGAGCCCGGAGCCCCGGGACGAGCGCCGGGGCCAUGGCAGCGGCAGACACCCCCUCGGCCAGCACCCUCCGGCGCCGCGACCUGUGCAGCCGCGGCAUCCGCCUGGCCAGGAAGAUGCGUUCGGACGUGGCCGACCUCCUGGACAUCUACGUGGAGCGGCAGGGCUUGGACGCCUCGGUGAGCGUGGCGGCGGUGGAAGGGGUGCCGGCGGCGGCGGCGGAGCACUGGGGGGAGCAGACGGGGACGCAGCGGCUGCUGGACAACCUGGCGGCGUACCGAGCCUUCCGCGCGCUGCUGGCCCAGAUGCUGGAGGAGCAGCGCGAGCAGCUGGGCGACGCCGACGCCGCGCUGGGCCGGGCGCUGGCGGCCGUCCUGCUGCAGGUCUCGGCCUUCGCCUACCACCUGGAGGAGCUGCUGGAGCUGGAGAGCCGCCGGCCCCCCGGAGAUGACGGGGACGGGCCCCCCGCGCCUCCUCGCCUCAGCCUCUUCGAGCAGAAGCUGCGGGGCCUGGGGGUGCUGCGGGAGCUGGCCCAGUGGGCCGUGAGGUCCGUGAGGGACCUGCGGCAGCUCGCCCGGCCCGGCCCCGGUCCCAGCUCAGCCCCUGGCAUGGCCGAGGGCCAGUGAUGGCCGCACGGGGUGCGGGGAGCCUGGGUCUGGUUAGGGGGCUCCUUUUCCCAGCUGGGGGGGCAGAGGCACGGGGAGGGAAGCCCUGGAGGGACGAGGCUUGGGAUGAGUCCGGCUCUGUGUGCUCGGGGUUCGCAGGACCCAGUGGUCCUUGGUGAGCAAGGUGCCGUGAGACUUCCUCACUGCCUCUUGUCAUGGCUUGAUGCUGCUUCACGAGGCAGGGAACUGCGGUGGGGCUCCUGGAGACGAGCGAAGGGCUGUGAAACUGGCACCUGGUGGAAGGAAUUGUAGCCCCCUCUGCACCACCCGAGGCUUUGCCCCCUUCGGGUGGUUCCUUGUCCUUCCCCUCCGCCUGCUCCUGCCCUCUUGGUGUUCUCCGUGCGUUGAAUUUCUGCUCUAACUGCUUGGGGGCUCGUUGGGGAGGGGGUGGCAGGGGGGUUUGGGCAGGAUGGCGUUUCUCAGCUGCUCCCACGAUCCGGCAGAGAGGAUCUGCUAACCGAAGGCUGGCUGGGAAGCCCCUCCGCGAGGAGGCUGGUGCCCCCAGGCCACAAUUAGGACUGGAGAUGGCCUGGAGGAACGAACAGCCCCAACCUCCAACCUGCAUCUCCCUGCGAAGCCCUGAGGCUUCUCAGCUGCCUUGGCCAUUGUGGUUUUUCUUUUCUUUUUUUUUUUUUUUAUUUUUUUUCCUUGAUGGCUGCUGAGUGAAUAAAGUGCCUGGGAGAUCUGCUGGGGA